GUUCUUUUGUUUUGGCAACGUAUGUUUUUUGUUUUGUUUUUUCAUUCAAAGAGCUGGCAACCCUCGAACAUGUGUUCAUGCAGUUUAGCCAGCCACAGUUUCGUGUAUAACAAAACAAGCGACGACCAACCAAAAGAAAAUCAACUAAAAACACUAUCGAAAUGGAAUGAAUUAAUAAUAAAGUUAUUGUGGUGUGUGAACUUGAGCUUAGCACAGCUGCCGCUGCUGAUGUGUGGAGUAGAAGAGAAUUUAUUGUGAAAUUAUUGUAGUUAGUUUUUGUGGUGCACGGGCAGACAGGCUAUCUGUGUGUUGAUUUUGCCCUCAAGUGCCAGUGUCCGCGCUGCCGUUCGUUGAUUUGGUCGAGUUCUUCUAAUAUUAUUGUUGUUUAUAUUAGAAAGAAAACGUAGCCGUGGUUUCGCAUUGCAUAGAGUCGAGCCGAGUUCUUAGUAGUUAGUUGCUUUUUCUACUACAUUUCUUCUUACUCUCUGUUGGUUAUUUGCUGGUGGUGCUGCUACUGCGGGUGCCUCAUGGAAAGCAAGGCAAAUAUAAACAAUUUUUGUUUUGUUAAAUUUGUUAAGCGUGCCAGUGAGUUUGUUAUAAACAAGAAAAGGAGAUAUAACGACAUAUCAUAGUCGAAACUAAACAAACAACAAUAACAACAACAACUAUAGAAACAAACAUCCCACAAACAAAAAUGUACAAUUCAUCAUAUAAUUCCCUAAAACAAGUGUCAUCUUCUGAUGUGGCUAAUGGCAAAAAUUCUGCAGCGACGACGUCAGCGUCGAAAUCGCCCCCGGUCUCCAUACGUACAAAUGCUACACCAAAUCCAUUUUGUUUCAAUACCAUUCUGCACAAACUAAAUGCUAAAGUACCUGCUCGCCUUGUCCUGUAUUUGUUGUCGUGGUCGGGAUUCCUGGUCUCGUUCAUGAUGAGAACUGAUAUGCAUUUGGCUAUUGUGGCAAUGACACUACCUGGGAAUGGAAAUUCGUCGGGGUCGAUUGGUGGACGGUGUGCUGAUGGCUCAUUACCUAAUAGUACAGCAGCGUUAGUUACUUCCGUAAACACAUCGACGACGACGACGACAACAACAAUUACCCCACUCAAUAUAAGUGUUAUACCAGCUGCUGAGGCACUUGUUUCGGCAGCGGCAGAACAAGGACAUCGCCAAUAUUAUGACUGGUCAGCAGCGGUGCAAUCGCUAAUAACCGGCUCCUUCUUUUGUUGUUAUGUUCUGUCCCAAGUGUUUGGUGGCAUUGCCACUCAACUUUUUGGUACCAAAAAAGUUUUUGGCUGGUCUCAAUUCGUCACCGCUCUCUGUAGUUUGCUCAUGCCCGCUUGUGCCGACAUCCAUUAUGGCCUACUUAUUGCCUUGCGUUCCAUACAGGGUUGUGCCUCCGGCCUCACCUGGCCGGCCAUGUAUGCCGUUGUCGGCUAUUGGAUACCCUUGAUAGAGCGUUCACGCUUUAUGUCCAGUUUCCAGGGAUUUAGUAUUGGCACUGGUCUCACCUUUGUUUUGGGUGGCUUCAUAACAAAACGCUUCGGCUGGCAGUAUGUCUUCUACACCACCGGAUCGUUGGGAAUGCUGUGGUGUGUCUUUUGGUACCUGCUAGCCUUCAAUACACCUCGAGAACAUCCUCGCAUAACAAAAGAUGAAUUGGAAUAUAUCGAAAUCAACAUAAGCAGUGAAAUGAAAGAGUCGCUGGGAAAGAAAGUGCCUUGGAAAGAUAUCAUUACCUCAAAGCCCGCCUGGGCCAUUGCCAUAACGACAUUUGGCCGCAUUUGGAUACAUUAUGUGUUCAUUAUAAAUGGACCUAGUUUUAUGAAGAAUAUUUUGUGCUUUGAUUACGAGGCCAAUGGUGUGCUGUCGGGCAUGCCACACAUUUGUUCCUAUAUCCUGUCGGUGGUUUUCUGUUAUAUUGCGGAUAAAUUGCUGGAUCGUCGUUGCAUGACCCUGACGAAUAUACGUAAACUAUUUACGGCCCUGUCACAAAUUGUACCUGGUGUUCUAUUACUAUUUAUUGGCUAUAUUGAUGAUAUUGUCCUGCUGCUGGUUGUUUGGUUUAUUGCGGUCUCCUUCAUUACGGCCUCCUAUGCUGGAGCCAUGGCUAAUAUUGUGGAUAUUGCACCAAAUUUUGCUGGUCCCGUUUUGGCCUUUUGUCAGACCAUACAUAUGUCGGCCUCAUUCCUUUCGCCUCUGAAUUCGGGCAUGAUCCUGCAAAAUAAUGCAACCAUAGAGCAAUGGCGUACCGUAUUCAUUGUGGCGGCCAUUGUUGGCAAUUCCACCUAUAUAGCGUAUCAGGUUUAUGGUACAGCGGAAAUACAAAAAUGGGAUAGUAUAGAUACGGCUACGGGUGGUAGUGUUGGCGGCGGUGUUGGUGAUGGUCCUUCUACAGCCAAUGGUGAUUUGUUGACUUGCGAAACUGGUAAACGCAACAGCCGCAACAAUGGGGAUGAUGGCGAAGAUGACGAUGACGACGACGACAUGGAAUCAAAGGAGGACAAUCAAAUGCUUAAAAAGACAACAAAUGGUAAAUCAAAGGAUAAUGUAGCCAAUAAUUAGUAUUUACUUAAAUCUAACACAAAUUUACUUAAUUUUUACUCUAUAUAUAAAUAUAUGUAUAUGUUAUACUCUACUGCUGUUAUUCUCAAAAUGCAAUAUGCUACGAGUAGUAAUCCUAGUACUUAGAGACAAGUUCUAAAAACAAAAAAAGAAAAUGGGAAAACAAAACAAAAAUGAAGAAAAUUAAAAUUUAUAUAGCUACCUAUUAAUCGGCGGAAAGAGGUCAUUGUUUAGCAAUUUGCAUAGAAUGCAAUUAGUUUAUAUUUUUAUUUUUCUGCAUUGGAAAAUUAUUUGAAUCCAAAAACGCUCUCGAGAGAGAUAAGUUUGAAGGUCUGUUUCUUUAAAAUGAAAUCGAAUAAAUUAUGAAACCCCUAAUUUUAAAUGAUAAAUAUUAUUACAAUAUUGAAUCCUUUUAUGAUUGAAUAUGAUUCGUAAACAAAUGUCUUUUUUGAUUCCCAUUUCAUUUGGAGAAACAGACAGACCCCUAUUUGAAAUUGUAAAAAAAAUAAUAAUUUUUUCCUUUUUUUUCAUAUUGAAAAUUAUAAAAAAUGAUUUUGAAAUUAACAAGAGUUUACUUUGAAAAUAUGUGUCCAUUUCCACAUAAAACUCUGGGGAAAAUAACAUUAGAGGAAACAAAUGUAGCUAAUAAAAUGACAGCCUUUACUUGUUGUGUCCAAAUCCCUUUGGCUUUUCUAAUGUCCUUUCGUUACAAAAUAAUAGUUUAAACAACUUUUUAAACACACAAACAAAUUAGUCUAAAAAAACGUAACGCGUAAUUAAAGGAAACCUUUUGCACAAUAAGUUGCUAGAAUGUAGACAUUGUAAUGAACUUGAAACACAACAACCACACAUACACACACAUUUUGUGUCUCGUCAUUUUUGUCUGUGGUUAUGGAAAAACGUUUUCCAAAAAGGAAAUAGUACUACUGCCUCUAUUUCAAAUACAGUGAUAUGUUAAAUAUCAUUUAAUUUUUUUCCAAUUGUAAUAAUUUUUUUUUACAAAAAAUAUUUUUUUUUAAACAAUAGAACAAGGCGGUUAUGUUGAGAAAGCCCAAAGAAAUUCUUAGCUUUAUAUUUUUUACAAAUUAUUUUUUUUUAUUAUUUUUUAUUUUAAGAAGUGCGUUUCUUGCCCCCCACAAUAAGUUUAUACCUAUAUAUAUUAUAUAUUUUAAUUUUUAAGAAUUUUUAUUUGCAGAUAGCAUAUAAACUACCUUAUUAAUUUAACUCAUUUAUUGCGGGGCAAUUUGCUUUUGAUUUUUCUAACGGUGUACUUACACAAAUUUAAACCAUUUGAUUUCUUUAAUGAAGAUAUAUUCGACCUAAAGUAGUAUUUUAUGAAAUCGUCGCCUCGAUUGGGCUAAACAAUGCUCCGAGCUUGAUUUUGCUGAAAAUACUUACACAUACAAUACAUAUGGAAGCAUCACAGCUAUUAUUCUCAGUCAUAUUUGGCUACAGAUGGUAUACAGGAUGAGAUAAAAAAAAACUGCAACAAAGUCAAAAGCCAUAAUUUUCACAUUUUUUUUUAUUUUUUGAAUGAAACCAAAAAUAUCGGAUAUUGAAAAAGAUUAGAUUUGUUUGAAUUGGAACCUUUGGCACGAAUUAUGGCCUUCAAACGGCCAAUGAAACCGUCACACGCUGCACGAAUGUUGCUCUGCGGUAUUUUGACCCAUUUCCGGCGAAGCGCUUGCUUGAGGUGAUCGACACUUUGGUAUUUUUUGGUGCCAACCUUGCUUUCCACAAUACUCCUCACACAACAGUUCAACGGAUUUGUAUCCGGAGAUUUUGAUGGUCAUUGUGCGCUGGAAAUGAGGCGAGGAACCUCAUUUUGUAACCAUUUUUGGGUGGCGCAUGCUGAGUGCGAUGGUGCUGAGUCCUGUUGGAAUGUCCAAGGUCUGCGGCCAAAAUGUUUGCGUGCCCAAGGCUUUAAUACACCCUCCAGAUUUUUUCGCGAUAAUAUUCGACAUUUAUUCUGAUGCCACGGUCGUUUAAUAAGAGCGGAGAGCGACCAUCGGCUCUUAUGGCGACCACCACCACACCAUCACCAUGGCCGGCAUUUGAGUUCUGGUAGCCAACCGAAGGUGCACAUUUUCAGCUGACCUCCUUGGCAUGUAAACACUAUCAUUUUGUUUGUUUGCAAACUGCUGGACAACGAAUGUUUUCUCAUCGCAGGAAACCAUAUUCGGCAGUUCACCACUUUCGGCCAAGUGGAGCAACUCUUUAGCUCUUCUGAGUCUAUUUUCUUUCAGUUGCGGAGUAAGUUCUUGCUCUUUUUGGAAUUUCAAUGGCUUUAACCCGAGCUUAUUUUUCAAUAUUUGCCGAAUCGGAUAUUGUGAUAUGUUGAGCUCACUAGCCAUUUUUGGCCUCUGCGACGCGGGUUUCUCUAACGAUGGCCACUUGUGCUUUUCCAGCUAAAUAUAAAGGAAUCACACUAUCACGCUUAAAUUCCAUCACGAAUAACUUUUUUUCUGGAAAAUUCUCAACAAAAUGCUUUUGUACGCUUGUAAACAAUAUAAUGAGCUGGACUGGAACUGACGGGAGAGUGGCUUAGAAAUGACAGCAGUCUGAAAUUGGUUGCAGUUUCUUCAUCUCACCCUGUCGAAAGACGGACAUGCCUAAGUCGACGUAGAAUGUGAUUCUAUGAAGAUCAUUAAAAGGAACUAUGGGUCUGUUUCUAUUCCUUCUGCUUAUUUCAAAGAAUUGCAGAAAGACAUAAUACCCUGUAUCACAGUGUGGCGUAGGGUAUAAAGAGAACACCUUAUCAACGGGAUAUGAUUUCAAUAUUCCAAAUUUGUGUGCUGUCAUAUCACAUCUCUAUAGGUUUUUGUAAAAGAUUAGAUGUUGGCCUUGCCGCAUACAAUCUUUUAUUUUAGAUUUUCAUAAAAAAUCGAAUAUUUCCAAUAUUAUUUUCGCAACAUACCUGACUGAUACUGGUGUUAAAUAAAAAGUGUUAUCGAUGUCAACGCGAAACCGAGUGUUCUAAAUUUCCUACAUCCAAUUUGAAAAAAUACACUUUUUCAUUUAUGUUACAUAGCUGAAGGAAAUAAGCUAUUUGGAUUUUCAAGGAAGGACAACAUUUAUAAGCAACGCUUUUAUUGACCAUGACAUUUAAAAAAAAAUAGGCAAUACAUUUUAAUAUUUGAGUUUUUUUUUUAAAUCUUGUAAUUGGAAAAAAUUGCUCAUAUGUACAAAACACCAUAGGAAUUUGACAAAUGUAGCUCCAUCUAUUAUAUACCUUUAGGUGCUAUUAUAUAUAUAAACAAAUUAAUAUUAUCAAUUGCUGCAUACAUUUCAAACGAACAAACAUAACAUUUCUUUGGGCUUUCUCAAUAGGUUACUUAAUUAUUACUUCAUUAUUUUUUUAAGUACUUAUUAAUAAUAUGUAUAAAUCUAUUUUAAUUUUUUUUUAAUAUUACAACUUUGUUAUAUUGGAUAAUGUGAUCGAAAACAUUCAAUACUUUGUGAAUAGUUAUAGAAAUGAAAAAAAAAAACAACAAUCACUAUGUUAGUGACUUUGAAUAGCCAAGUUUCUAUAUAUAUA